UUGUUUAUUAUACACUUCAUGCUUGUAAACAGCUUAUUGUUAUUGCUUUUUAAUUUGCAAAUAAUUUAGUAAGUUUAAUUAUGUCAAGCUCCAAACACAAGAGAGUUUGUUAAAAAAUUUGCUUUAUGUACUGUCCGAAGCAAUCACCAGUCAAAAAUUCAGUCUUCUUGCCAAAGCACAGUCGACGAUCAUCUGCAUACGCAAUGCUGCCACUGGAGAACAUAUGCAGGGCUCGGGUUCAGAAGUUUUCUUUUGGCCACCUGAAAAUAUUUCAUAUUUUAGUCUUCGAAUAAAGCAGAUAAAAUUUUAUAUAUAAAAAAUAAAAAAUAAAUAGGAAGAGCGUUGCUCCCCAAAAUUGAAGCAAAAUUGAGAUGCACCAUGUACUUCAGGUUUGAAUGAAAAUUAACUAAUAAUUAUCGUGGGCACCUUUCACCAAGAAUUAAAAUAAAUAAAUAAUAAUGUAAUGGUUUUCUAUGAACAUACUGAAUAAUUUAGAAAGAUUUCCAACGCAUUUUAAUUCGGCUAAUGUCGUGCUUGACGUGUCAGAUUUUAGUGGUUUACGUUUGAGCAACUUGUGCGUGCAAAAUAUAGAGACACAUCAUGCGAAAAACACAACAACUCCUUGCGAAACGUACAUACUUUUCCAUCUCGUCGCUCGCGCGGAAGACUUGGCAUAAUACUCGGACACGACAAACUCGGCAGACGUGAUGCUUUGCCGACUGACAAAAUGACGUUCGGCUUCGUCGGCCGAUGAAUAACGGUGCUUCGUUCGCUUCAAUUGGCUAAAUAAAGUCGGCAGGCGACGCACUCUCGCCUUUCGGCUUGCCUCAAAACAAAACAAAGCAUGGUCAAGUGGCCGGCCGUCAACGCCCUCUUGCGCUUGCCAGCAGAACUUUUAUGACGUCACAAACGCACUUCACAAUUUUCAAUUUCAAUUUGCUCCGCGGCCGCUCACCGGCGCUAGGGUGGUACCAAAUCACGCGUCGGACCGAUGGCCGCGUCUCGGCGCUUCCGGACCGAGUUCCUGCAGGAUCUGCCGACGCCUGGCACGGGGCCCUACUUCGACACCACCAUCAACAACAACAUCACGGCGCUCGUCGGCAAGGUCGCCUACUUGAACUGCCGGGUCAAAAACUUAGGCAACAGAACGGUGUCUUGGGUGCGUCACCGGGACAUCCACCUCCUGACGGUUGGCCGUUACACGUACACGAGCGACCAGCGGUUUGAGGCGGUGCACUCGCCGCACACGGAGGACUGGGCGCUGCGCAUCAAGUACCCGCAGCGCAAGGACUCGGGCAUCUACGAGUGCCAGAUCAGCACCACGCCCCCCGUGGGCCACUUUGUGCACCUCUACGUCGUGGAACCGGAAACGGAGAUUUUGGGCGGCGCCGACUUGUUCAUCAACAUCGGCAGCACCAUCAACCUGACGUGUCUGGUGCGGUACUCGCCGGAGCCGCCGCCCACCAUGGCCUGGCGACACAACAGCGUUGACAUCAACUUUGACUCUCCGCGGGGCGGCAUUUCGCUGGUAACUGAAAAGGGCCCCACCACCUCCAGCAGACUGCUCAUCCAAAAGGCCAUCAAGGCUGACUCGGGGCUGUACACGUGCCGCCCGUCCAACGCCACCUCGGCCACCGUCCGCGUCCACAUCCUAGAUGGGGAGCACCAGGCGGCGAUGCAUCAUGGCGCUGGCUGGCGGACGAGCGGCCCGCUGAGUGCCUUGCUGCUGGUGUGCGGUUUGUGGACCACGCUGGCCGUGAUGUAGCCCUGCUGAAGAGACAUAUCUGCAGUACAAACUGACUUUGUCCUCCGCCACCAUGUGUGCAACAAGGACCGACGACGAGCUAGUGCCAUCAGACUUUUUUCCGAUGCUCACCCCCCACGUGUAACAUAAAUAACGUAAAAAGGAAGAAAAAAAAACACACACCCACACACAUAUAUACAAAAUACACUCACGAGUUUCUCUCCUCUGAUUAUUGGUGUUGUUGAUCCCCUCACCUGCGAAAAAAAACACACACACAACACAUCCCUCAGAUCAUGUCUUUUUCUGUGUGGAAAAUUGAAAGAUUUGUGCUGCUCCUGGUGUUGGUUCAAAAGGUCAUUCUUUACUUCGCGCGUGCGACACGAAACGCAUGGAAUUCCCUAUGGGAACCGAGCGACUAAUUGGCGUUGCGAUCUCUCUCUUUCUCUCCCCUCAUGUUUCUCUCAAUGAACACAUUAUCAACAUAAUCAUGAUUUCGAAUGCGAGUACAAACGCCCCCCUAAUUAGUGCUUUUAAAAUGUCAUUACGCUCGCAACCAACGAGUCACCGAAAAAAGUUUCGAUCAAAAAAUAAAGUAAAAAAGUCGCCGUUAUCAUUCAGCCAGAUUAAAUGUUCUAAUUAAGCGUAACUUUUUGACAUUAGUGAAUUUUAUCUGUGUCCUUUGUGGAUCACCUGGCGGGAGCAGCCGCGCGAUUUUGGAGGGAGAUGACCAUUUAUUUAUUAUCAAUUAAGUAAUGCUACUUUAAAUUUAUUUGUCCCCGUCUUGGAAGCAAUUUUCAUCUAUGUAUUCUAUUCCCUGAUGAUAAAGCUCCCUUCGGUGCUUAUCGGCUGAAAAGCUUUCAAAAUUAGCAAGGUGCUGGGUGGACUUCAUGAACAAUUUGGCGAAGGCAUCCCUAAAACGGCACAAACUUCAAGCAGACACGUUCAUGAGUAAAUAGAUGUUUCUUAUUAACUUUUGCCAUUGGAUUGUUUUGUUCAAAAAGUUCAAAAAGCUUCAUUAAUAUGAGAAAGCGCUUCUCCCUUCAAAAUUGUAAAAAAGCUGAUGUGAAAGCGCGAAGUGAAAAAGUGUGACCUAUCAAGCUUGCAGCACGGUUUUUGCUGGAAGAGAGAAGAAGAUUUUAGAAUAAAAGAGACUUUUGAAGGGAAGCCACCGUUUAUUAUCAUGUGAUGUUGUAAUGAGUAUUUUCAA